AUGUCGAACGAUAAUUUGAAAUUCUCUCUGUGCUCAAUUGUUGAGAAAAAACUGCUCAAUGAAACGAAUUUCCUUGAUUGGGAAAUGAAUCUGAGAAUUAUUCUCAGGUCUGAGGGACGUGAGGACGUCCUAACUACCCUUAUCCCUACUGUGACCGGAACCUCAUCAGAUGAGGAGAAGGCAACAUCAACUCGGGUGAAAACCGAAGCAUUACCUGUUACUUGCCUCAUGCUAGCUGCAAUGGAGCCUGAAUUGCAAAAGAGGUUUUUGCAUUCUGAUGAUUAUACUAUCAUAACUGAACUGAAAAUGCUGUUUAAGAAUCAGGCAAGGAUAGAGCGAUAUGAGACUCACACGGCUAUACUUGAUAGCAAGCUUGUGAAGGGAAAACCAGUGAGUCCUCAUGUGAUUAGCCUGACUGGGCUUUUCAAGAGGAUGGAAAAUCUAGGGACCCCAUAUGACCAAGAGUUGGCCACUGAUAUUGUUCUUAGAUCCUUACAUGAUGAAGAAGGAAGUUCUAAAUGUCAACAAUGGGAAGGGGUGGCUAAGAAAAAGAACAAUAACCAAGGGAAAGGCAAGCAAGUUGCCAAACCCAAGGGUGGUGAGAAGCCAAUGAUGGUUGCUGAUCAUGAUUGUUUUUACUGCAAGGGACUUAGAAAUAAAAGACAAGUGAAGAAAGGAGAGAUAGACCUGCGCGUUGGAAAUGGAGCAAGUGUUGCUGCACUUACCGUAGGAGAUUUAAGUCUAUCUUUACCUUCUGGUUUAAUAUUAUAA